UGACACGUAGACAAGGCCCUUACUAUUUCUCCUCUUCGUCCUCCGCGGCGAUGUCGAGAAGAAGCACGAAUAUGGCGUCCGUACGGCUCUUCACUCUCCUAUGCUUCGCGAUCGUACCAUUUGUCUCUGUCGCCGGAUCGUCCGUCUUCGGUCCUCAUGCCGCCGAUUCCUUCAAUGUCAGCCUCAUCCAGAAUUUAGGAAGCUGUAGCUACACGGUGAUCAUCUCGACAAGCUGUUCGUCGCCGAGGUACACGCGAGAUCAGAUCAGCAUCGCUUUUGGUGACGGCUAUGGAAAUCAGAUCUACGCACCGAGGGUUGAUGAUCCAGCCACAAGAACAUUCGAGCAAUGUUCUUCAGACACGUUUCAGAUUAACGGACCAUGUGCAUACCAGAUUUGCUAUAUGUACCUCUACAGGUCUGGUCCUGAUGGUUGGGUCCCGGAGAGUGUGAAGAUAUACAGUCAUGGUUCAAGGGCUGUUACCUUCUCCUAUAACACAUAUGUUCCCGAAAGCAUAUGGUAUGGUUUUAAUUACUGCAACAGCGCCUCGGAAUCUAACACCCUAUCCAUCGGUCUCAGACGGAUUGUGCUCAUAUUUCUAGGGUUUGUCAUCAUGGGUGCAUUGCUUUUCUAAGAUGUUCUGGGUUAAGGUUGUGUGGGGGAUGUUAAUGAACAUAAAGUACAUAUGUAGAAUAAUAAAUGAAUGUCCAGGACUCUUGGAGAACUGGGUCCAAUGCUCGCGGUCUUCCCUCAA